AUGGACGCAGAAGUUUCAUCGCUUGAGCAAGUAUCCCUCGAACGCCAGAAAACCAGCUGGCAAUACUGUACGGACAAUUUUCACCGUUUAUGCCGGCUCUGUUUGUCGCAAAACAGGUUGGUCUCUAUCUACUAUAACGUGCAGGGACGAAACGUAUACUACAUACGCAAUUUUGUGAAACUGGCGCUUGAUUUGCUGAAGAUUAAGAUAAAUAAGCAUGAUGCACUGCCGAACUUUUUGUGUGAAAAGUGUGAGAAAAAUCUCAAGAUUAUUACUAAUUUUAAGCGAAAAUGUGAUGAGUCAAUGAAAAUGUUGAGCCAGAUUCGCGAUAGCACAAAUAAACGAGAUCACUGCAAACCUGUCCCAGAUGCACUACUCAAACGAAAGCGAAGAAGGAAUGCACCUACCAAAAGAAUCAAGCAAGAUUGUGCAGACAUAUUAAAGAAGUUACCGCAAGAGAUUCACGUCGAAAAAAAGGUUAUAUCCCUUAUAGAAAAACGUGUGAAAGAUAGCACGGAUAGUAACACACACUUUCAAAUACCUUACGAAACAGAAAAUAAAUCAAUAGCUGUGAUCAUUGAAGCUAUAGAUCAACGAAACCUUGAAUGUUUGAAAACCAAAACCCAUCACCAACUAGCACCAGCAGAGUUAUUGAUUGAAGAUCAACCAGCCGAACACCUGGGCAACGAUGAGGAAAUAGAGUUCAUCACCACGGACGACUAUUUCGACGGACAAGAAGAAAACGAAGACACCACAGAGGCCACACACAAUACGCAACAAAGCGAUCCUACUUCAAGUACUACAAAACACAAGCAAACGAAAACAUCACCUCACAAGGAGAAAAUCGUCUGUUCCGUUUGUGGAACAAAGGUGAACAAUAUCAAAUCCCACAUGGUCAUCCAUUCGGUUCGAACACACAAAUGUGACCAAUGUCCAAAGAGUUUCACCUCCCGCAACAAACUUCAAUCGCACGUGAAUGGGGUACAUCUGCGGAAGCGUGACUUUAAAUGUGAUAUCUGCGAUAAAGCGUUCCUGGAGAAAAAUAAUUUGAAAGGACACAUGCGUAUACACAAUGGCGAACGGAAGUAUGCAUGUAAUCUAUGCCCCAAAACGUUUCUGUUCGCGGGUACUUUACGCUGUCAUAUGCUAACCCACACACAAGAGAAACGACACGAAUGUGAGGUUUGCGGGAAGCUGUUUCUUUUGCGAACGACACUCAACAAACAUCUGCGAGUACAUUCCGGUGAAAAACCACACAGUUGCAGUGUGUGUGAUAAGCGUUUCCGGACCACGACACACAUGGUUGUACACAUGCGUACGCAUACAGGCGAGAAACCGCUAAGCUGCCGCAUUUGUGGAAUGUGUUUUGCACACCAUAAGGGUCGUAGUGUUCACAUGAAAACAAAACAUCCCCAGGAGCUUGUAGAGUUGGGUCUGAUCGACGAGAAAGGUCAUUUGAAAUGUUAG